AUGACAACUGCCAUGGAUAUGGUUAAUAAGGUUAAUCCUGAGAAGGAAGCAUGGAACCUCAAAGUUUGGGUGAUUAGGCUUUGGACUGUUCCUACUUUCACUGGUCAGCUUCUCCCAAAUUCCAUGGAGAUGAUUUUGGUUGAUGAAUCUGAUGCUAUAUGCGAUUUUAUUCCAAAAUCUGCUCUUACAAUCUCUCCAUUCACUGAACUUUUGGAAACCAAAGAGGAUUCCGAUUUCUUAGGUGAUGUGGUGGGUCUGUUGGUCUCUGUGUCAGAAGAAAAUGAAUAUGAUAAAGAUAGAAGGAAGAUGAAGAUGGCUGUGAUGGAACUUGCUAAAAAUGAUUAUAGGAUUCGGUGUGCCUUAUUUGGUGAAUAUGUUAAUGAAGUUAAUCGAUUUCUAUCUUCUUGGUAUGCUGAACAGCCAGUUGUGGUUUUACAACAUGCCAAAGUUAAGGUUUUUAGAGGUAGAGUUGGACUUCAGAAUGUUAUGUUUGCAUCAAGGCUUGGAUUUAAUCUUAACAUCCCAGAGGUGGCAGCAUUUCGGAAAAGUUUUAUUUCACAUGGAGUUAGUGCAUCCCAACCCAUUGGCAUUAUUGGAUCUGGAAAAAAUAUCGGAAUAGAAGAAGACUUUAUGAAGCUCACACCUAGGUGUAUUGUGAAGUCGCUUGAUCAUAACAGCCAGGCUGGAACUUUUGUUGUACUAGCGAAGAUAGCUGAAAUAGUUGAGGAUGGUCCUUGGUGGUACUCUGCUUGUGUGUGUGGCAGAGGUGUUCAAGCAGAAUCUGGGAUUUACUUUUGUCAAUUUUGCAACAUCCAUGUUACAAAUGUGACUCCUAGGUUUAGAGUGAAGGUGUUGGUUGAGGAUUCGACUGGUGUUUCUAUUUUUGUGCUCUUUGAUCGUGAGGCAAGUUACCUACUGAAUAAGACUUGUGCCCAGCUGUUUGAACAACAUCUUAAGGAUGUUGAUGUAAUUGUGUUUGGCAUACAGUCUCCUCCUAUAUUCCAAGAAAUUGUUGGAAAAACUAUGUUGUUCAAGGUUCUUAUUAGGCCUGUUGGGAUGGAGAAAUUCAAAGGGACUUAUCUAAUGAGGCGUGUUUGUGAUGAUGCUGCAAUAGUUAGAAUGUUUGAGCUCUCUGGUUCAGAUUUGAGUCCUGAAAAGGCUGAGUUUGUACCAAAAGGAGAAGGAUCAUUUGGGGAACCCCCUAAGGUUACCAAAUCAUCGAAUUUGGGAUUGACUCCUUCCAGCUGCUCUGAGCUCUUUGCUGGUUCGCCUCAACGUACCCAAAAGGAAUCAAGUGUUGUUGAUUUGGGAGCUGAUGAAGAUGCUAAGAGAAAGUCUGUUGAUACUGUGAUGGAUAAGUUAAAUGAAGUGGAUAGUUUUGAACAUUCAUGUGAUGAAGUUGAUGAAAGUGAAGUGGAGUAUGUGGUUGGCCUUAAUCGAAGCUCUCUUGAUGCUGAGAAAGAUGUGAAGCCUUCGUUGAAGAAGUUGAGAAGAUCCUUGAGGCUGCAAUUUGAUGAAGCUGAUGAGUCUCGUGGCUCGGGGAAUGAUGGCUCCUCUAGACAGGGGUUAAUUGAGGUAGCUGCCCAUAGCAGUUAA